UUUCAGAAUAGAAGUGGCUGUGCAAUUACCGGACUCAAUUGCGAUUCUACUAGAUUCUAGUACGGCUUGUACUACGAUCACUGGAUGGGCAACGACAAGAAGAAUUCAAAGGCAGCCGCAAAGGCGGCAAAAAAGCAGAAAGCGGAAGCCAAGAUUUCCAAGAAAGAAAAGAAGAAAAGCAAAAAGACGACCGAUGCACCUUCAGAUGACGAAGAUUUGGAGGCCAUCCUCGAUAAGUAGAUGAAACACGAAUGGGAAGAUGCGCAUAAGGUCACGGAGGAACUGGUCGAGGGCCCACCCUCCCGGCGCGCGAACGCGACUCUGACCCCGUGUCCAAGCGGAAACUACUUGUGGUCCAUCGGAGGUGAAUUCUUCAGCGAUGACGGCAAGGCCUACUUUUACAACGACGUCUACCGCUACAACCCUGAGAAGGAUGAGUGGCGCAAGUUCGUGAGUCCUACGUGCCCUGGGCCUCGCAGCGCACAUGCCGUGGUCGCUUCGCCGGCCGGAGGAGGAAAGCUCUUCCUGUUCGGUGGCGAGUUUAGUUCUUUGUAUCAGAACACGUUCCAUCACUACAGGGAUUUUUGGUGCUUUGAUAUCAGCACUCAUUCGUGGGAUCGCCUGGAUACUAAGGUCAGACCCAGCGCGAGGUCAGGACACAGGAUAACAAUGUGGAAACACUACAUAGUUCUCUUUGGCGGUUUUUAUGAUCCAGGGCAUCGCACUCAAUAUCUACACGACACCUGGGUAUUUGAUACUCAGGAGUAUAAAUGGCGACAAAUCGAAUUUAAGGAUACCGAUCGGAAACCGUCCGCAAGAAGCGGGUUUUCAUUUCUCUCUACGCCAGAAGGCAUUGUUUUACAUGGAGGUUAUUGUAAAGAAUACACUAAGGGCAAACGCCCUAUUGGUGUAAUGCUCGACGAUACUUGGUUUCUCCGUAUGUCCGUCGAAACUUCCCAAUAUCCAUCCUUGUCCACAGCCUCCUCCGAUUCGCUGGUUUUGAAAUGGGAAAAGCGAAAGAAACCAUCCUUCGCGCCGCAUAUCCGAAGUGGUUGCACAAUGUCGCUAUGGUCAGCCAAGGGUAUGGGCAUCCUGUUUGGCGGAGUGACAGACAACGAAAGGGAUGAAGAGAGCCUCGAGAGCGUAUUUUGGAACGAUCUCUACGGAUACCAACUCGCCAGCAAUGGACGUUGGCAAUCAAUGAUACUCAAAAAGCCGAAAAAAGCCGGGAGAAGCGGAAAGCGAAAGGUUGUAGCUGUUCAGCAGGGCGAACCUGAAGCUUCGGACGAAGACGAUGAUACAGCCAAGACCCAAGUGGAUAAGCGCACGGAGGAGCCUGAUAUUGAUCCCGAUGACCCAACACUGACGGCCCCAAUACCACGCUACAACGCUAUGCUAGCUGUGCUGAGGAACACACUGUACAUCUAUGGCGGCAUCUUCGAGCGCGGGUCGAGGGAAUAUACGCUCGACGAUUUCUACUCGAUUCAGCUCGACAAGCUCGAACGGUACAUGUGCCUCAAGCACAGCGGCAUUGUGAUCCCAGCAGAGGGCGAUGAGAGCAGCAGUGACGAGGAUGACGAGGAUGUAGAGAGCGACGAGGAUGGUGAUAGCAAUGACGAAAUGCAGGUAGUGGAAGAUGAUGCGGGGCUCAAGUUUAAAAGGCUUAAUGAGAGUCACGACGACGAAGUAGCUGACGAGCCUGUAGAUGUGCGACAUGACGAGGUACGUGCGCAAGCGACGGCGUUCAUGGGUGUAUCCAAAGACACGAUGCGCUCUGCGGAGGAUGUUAUUAGCACACCAGAACCGGGAGAGACGCUAGCCCUGUUUUAUGCUCGAAGUCGUGAAUAUUGGACACAAAAAGCCCACGGCGUGAGCGAUAAUCGGGGCAAACAACUCAGGAGGGAUGGCUUCAGUUUUGCAGAAGAGCGAUAUGCGGAGUAUAAGCCUAUCCUCGAAGAAGUGGAGAAGAUCCUGGCCGAGGCCGGCCUCGAUGAGGACGAGAUGAGAGCAGGUGCUGCUCAGACUGGCGGAGGUGGAGGUAUAGUGUCAAGUCGGAACCGUCGGUGAAUAAUUGAAUAUCACAGAUAUAUUUGGCAGAUCUACAUGUAAGAAAGGCAUUGAAUACCGCGAUACCACUGUUCAUCUAGUGACAUAUACAAACGAGGCCGUUAUAGUACUUACCGGGCGCAUGUGCACUGUCUAGAAGAGUACACAAGAGUGGAGGCAAUGCCAACAUUUUAAUGCAACAACGGAGGGUAGUAGAGGAUCGCGGGCUAGGGAUUCCCGGGCCCAUGCUCUGAACAGAACUUCAUUGAUUCAAGGCAAAUUCGGAAACUUUGGAAGUGUUUGGUUUGUU